GUUUACAUAUUUUUAAAUUUCGAAUUAUGAUUUAUGAAUAAACAAAGGAAUUUACACGUACCUAAUUAAUUUUAGAGUUUAGGCUGUGGUUUAGGUUUAGACUAAAGCACUAGCCACUAAAGUAGAAACUAAAAAUGGAUGAACAACUGAUAACUCCAGAAAAGUUUGUAAUAGCAGCGAAAAAUUUUAUGAAAAUAUCAGAGAAAAUAAAGGAUAAAUGGAAACUGCACGAAAAUAUCGAAGUUUAUAAGAGUUAUUUGAAAAAGGAAACAUUUAUUCAAAAUAAUAACAGAAACCUUCCACUUUUAAAAGCAGAGUUUGUAAUUUUUUAUAAUUUAAGUUAUGGUGUACCAUCAUUUAGUUUUAAUAUUUGGGAUGAAUCAGGACGUUUCUUAACUUUAGAGGAUAUUAGACAAAUGUCCUUUAUGGAGAUAAAAAAAGAAGACUUUUACUCAGUAGUGACACAACAAGAGCAUCCUGUAUUACAUCAGCCAUAUUUCAUCAUGCAUCCAUGCCAUACGCAGACACUAUUAGCUAAUUUUAAGGAAUCUAAGAAUAUAAUUGUAACAUUUCUAGGACUUAUAAUGCCAUUAUUGAAUUUAAAUUUGCCAUUGGAAUAUGGUAUUUGAAAAGGAAUCAAGUCUAUAAAAGGUGAGUUUGGAAGUAUUUUUUGAAUAUUUUAUAAAAUAAAGUUUAUGUUCAGCAAAUUGAUUUUACAACACAUGAUUUUAAAAAAUUAUCACAAAGUCAUGUUGAGUAGUUUAUUUUUUUUGCAAGUAACUACAUACUUAAAAAUUUUUUUUUUUUUUAGAUUUUGCGUUAGUUUAAAUUGUUAUUAAAAAUAAAUUCUAUUAAAUUAUGUUUGAAGUGUUAUGCUGUGAUAGCUUUACUAGCUAAAUAGUAGUAAAAUAUAUUGUUUAUAUUUCAAUGAAAUGUUUAAUUUGGGUGCCCCAACCACCUUCCCAACUAUUCUCAUUUUGAGUGUUUCUUAUCAAAAUUAUAAAACGGGGCACUAUUACUGAGACUUAGCUGUCUGUCCGUUCAUCUAUCACCAGGUACCACACAAGAGGUAUUUUCAAUAUUAUCAGUAUCAUAAUAUUGUGAUUAAAAGGUGUUAUGGAAU